AUGAGUACACCGCCUAGCCCUUCUCCAACGCGAUGGUUCAAGGCACUAAGAAGGACUCGCUUAAAUGACAGCUUCAAGGCCAGCCCCGUGAUUCAGGCAGAGCAGGUAAACAGGGCCAGAGCUGCCUUCCAGGCUGGCCGCACUCUGAAGGAGAGCUUCCGUCAGGCCCAGCUGGAGGCCCUCCUUCGUAUGCUGGUGGACCACGAGUGUGACUUUGUGGACGCACUCAACAGGGACCUCCAUAAGCCCCGGUUUGAGACUGUGGUCUCAGAGCUGAUAUUGGUGAAGAACGAAGCCCACUAUGCCAUCAACAACCUCAAGAAGUGGAUGGAGCCUCAGCGGGUGGAGCGGAACCUGGCUACCUCUCUGGACGAGUGUAUGGUGGUGAGUGAGCCACUGGGGGUGGUGCUAGUGGUAGGGGCCUGGUGUAGCCCAGUCCAGCUCUGCCUGGUGCCUCUGGUGGGGGCCAUGGCUGCAGGUAAUUGUGUGAUUAUCAACCCCUCAGAUACCAGUUUUCACACUGCAGAGCUUCUACACAGACUCAUUCCAUCCUACCUGGAUAAUGAGUGCUUUCAUGUACUUCUUGCCUCAGCCAAUGACUUGCCUGAAGUAGUAGAUCUCAGAUUUGAUCACAUCUUCUUUACAGGCAGCAAUGCCGAUGGGACCAGGGUGGCACAGGCCGCGGCACGCACCCUCACGCCUGUCAGCCUGGUCCUGGGCGGGAAGAACCCCUGCUACGUGGACCAGCACUGUGACAUCAUCACCGCUGCACGGCGCAUCACCUGGGCACGCUUCCAGAACGCGGGGCAGAGCCUGGUGGCGCCCGACUACGUGCUGUGUCACGUGGAGGUCAAGGCGCGGCUGCUGCAGGCCAUCCGCUGCUCACUGCUGCAGUUCUACGGCUCUGACCCACGUGAGUCCAGGAGCUUCGGCCGCAUGGUCAACAUGGAGAACUUCAUUCGUGUGCGGGAUAUGCUCGGGAAGUCUGGAAACACAGCUGUCGGGGGACAGGUCAAUGAGGUAGAGAAGUACAUCGCCCCCACAGUUCUAACGGAGGUAGUGGAGACUGAUCCAAUCAUGCAGCAGGAGAUCUUCGGCCCAAUCCUGCCCGUCCUAACUGUUAACAGCGUGGAUGAGGCCAUUUCCUUCAUCAGACGGCGAGAGAAACCCCUCUGUGUGUAUGUCUACUCCAGCAACAACAAGAUCGUGUCUCGCCUGAUGGAAGAAACCUCCAGUGGAAGCUUCUGCUCCAAUGACAGCAUUUUGCAGAGCCUGAUGGCGGUGCUGCCCUUCGGAGGAGUGGGUGCCAGUGGGAUGGGCUCCUACCAUGGGCGCGCCAGCUUCGACACCUUCUCCCACAGGAAGUCCUGCCUUCUGCGCAGCACGCGCAUUGAGUGUGUCACUUACCUCCGCUACCCGCCGUAUGAGGAGCGAAACCUGUCACUCAUGGCAUGGGCCAGCACCCUGUCCCACAAGAGUCACGGAUGGUGCCAGAUCCUGUGA